AUGACACGUAAAUCUCUCACAUUCCCACAACACGAACACUUGUUGUUGAAGCGACCAAUGAUGGGGGGAUCGUCUGUUGACUUUCCAAUCGAGCUUUCGUGUCGAAAUCAGUUCCUUAUCCCGGUCUUUACAUCAGACCAAUCUCAAUCAAUUCAGGCAUCUUGCAACGUUUCAAUGUCAACUGAAUUCAAGUUGAAUGUCACCAUUAAUCCUGAUGUCAAGGAAUCAGAUUUCAACUCUUCACUCGAGAUUUCUCCACAUGGUGGAAAGGUGAAUGUAGUGCGCAGGAUCAUUGGUGGUCUUCUUCAUCAAGGAAAGAGACCAGGUAGCCAUAUCUUAAAAACUACAGAACGCAGAGGAACAAACGAAAGAUCCAGAAACAAUAGGGACACAUCAAGUGAGAACAAUGAACUUCAUGUUGAUACAGGUGAUCAAAAGAGGGCUCAUGAACUGAAAAUUAGAUCUGGACCUUUGGUGUCAGGAGCUGCAUACUGUCUUUCAUCUUGCAGCAUGAUCUUACUCAAUAAAGUUGUCCUUUCAAGUUAUGCUUUCAAUGCUGGAAUAUCAUUGAUGUUUUAUCAGAAUCUCAUCAGUUCUAUCAUAGUUAUUGUUUUGGGUUUAUCUGGAUUAGUUUCACUGGAAAAGCUUAACUUGAAACUGGUUAAAGUCUGGAUACCUGUGAAUUUGAUAUUUGUGGGCAUGCUUGUUUCAGGCAUGUAUAGCUUGAAGUACAUAAAUAUUGCAAUGGUCACGAUUUUGAAGAACAUGACAAACAUAUUAACAGCAGUUGGUGAAUUAUAUAUAUUCCAUAAAAGACAGAAUCAGAAAGUCUGGACUGCAAUGUUUCUUAUGAUCAUCUCUGCCAUAACUGGAGGUAUCACAGACCUCUCAUAUGAUGCAACGGGUUACACAUGGCAACUAGUGAACUGCAUUCUGACUGCAAGCUACUCGCUUACCCUACGAAGAGUCAUGGACACAGCAAAAGCUGUGACAAAAUCUGGAUCUUUAAAUGAAGUUUCAAUGGUGUUGCUGAAUAAUCUAUUAUCUUUACCACUUGGCGCGUUCUUGAUUAUAUUAUUUGAUGAAUGGAGUUAUGUAAUCAACGCGGAAGUAAUCAAGAUUCCCAUGUUUUGGGUGGUGGCAACCACUAGUGGGAUUCUUGGACUUGCCAUUAGCUUCACUUCAAUGUGGUUUUUAAACCAAACUGGUCCCACCACUUACAGUUUAGUGGGGUCAUUAAACAAGAUUCCCAUAUCUAUUGCUGGUUUACUGCUGUUCAAUGUUCCACUUAGUGGGCCAAAUCUCUUUAGCAUACUAUUUGGUUUAUUUGCUGGUAUAUUCUUUGCAAAGGCCAAAAUGUCAUAAUUCCAUGCCAUCAAGUCAAACAUCUUUCACUAGUUACAAUCUGAUUGCUGAUAAGAGCCAGAUCAAAUAUGAUUCUGGAAACAAAUGAAUUGGGAAUCAGAAAGGAUCAUAUAGAGGCUUGAAGAAGUCUUGUAUACAUGCUUUGUUCUGGUUCAAAGGCACACCAGGAGUGAAGAUGCCAGAUUAUCAAACAUAAGUUAUCUUUGUGUUAUUGUUGUUAUUUCCUUCAUAAUAUUAUACAUACCAAUUUUUUUUUUCUAGCUUGGUAUUAUGGAACAGGUAGAUGUCUGUCUUUCGUGCUAACUGAGUUGAUGUAGAAUUUUCAUGUUUGAGAUUCUUUCUAUGCCUUAGUCUUAUGAGC